GCUACUCAGGAGAAACGAAAUGAUCUGCCCUGGAGCCGCAGCAAAAUGCUGGAUGGACACCUACUCCUGGGAUGGUUAUCGUUCACAGUCAUAGUGUAUCUUCUCAACUUGCCUGGACCAACCGCAGCUUAUUUUGGGUUGACAGGUAAUGAACCGUUUUCUAACCUGCCACUGAACUCUCUACCAGAGGAGAACGUGGGCAGGGCCCACUACAAGCUGUGCGACCGGCUCAAACUGGAGAAGAAGCAGCGCAGGAUGUGCAGACGAGACCCGGGCGUGGCAGAGACCCUGAGAGAGGCCAUCACCAUGAGCGCCCAAGAAUGCCAUUAUCAAUUUCGCUUUGAGAGGUGGAACUGCCCCUUAGAGGGACGCCACCGAGCCAACAUACUGAAGAGAGGAUUUAAAGAGACAGCCUUCUUGUACGCCAUCUCCUCGGCCGGACUAACCCAUGCGAUGGCUAAAGCUUGCAGCGCAGGACGCAUGGAGCGCUGCACGUGUGACGAGGCCCCGGACCUGGAGAACCGCAAGGCUUGGCAAUGGGGAGGCUGCGGAGACAACAUAAAAUAUGCAAACAAGUUUGUUAGGGACUUCCUGGGCAAACGCUCCAAUAAGGACCUGCGCGCACGUGUGGACAUGCACAACACAAAUGUGGGCAUUAAGAUAACCAAGGGAAACAUCACUUGCAAAUGCCACGGUGUCUCCGGCUCCUGCACCGUCCGGACCUGCUGGAGGCAGCUGCUGCCCUUCCACGAGAUUGGCGCGAACCUGAAGCUGCUCUACGAGAACACCAGUAAGGUCGGCAGCUCCACCAAUGAGGCCACAGGGGAGGGAGAGAUAGCCACAGGCCGGAGACAGCAACAGCAGCAGCAGCAGCAGCAGCAGCAGCAGCAGCAGCAGCAGCAGCAGCAGCAGCAGCAGCAGGAGCAGCCGCAGCAGCAACAACAGCCGCCGCCUCCACCUCCACCUCCACCUCUGCCUGGCCCGAACGAUCAGAUCCCUCGCACGAUGACCUUGCUCCACAUCGAGGACUCGCCCAGUUUUUGUAGACCCAGCAAGUACUCAUCGGGCACAGCGGCCCGUACGUGCUACAAAGACAAUAACUGCGACGCUAUCUGCUGCGGUCGAGGCCAUAACACUGAAAGUAAGGAGGUGACUCGGCCUUGCCAGUGCCAGGUGCGCUGGUGCUGCUAUGUCGAAUGCAAGCAGUGCACGCAGAGAGAAGAGGUCUAUACCUGCAAAGGGUAAACCCGUGACCUGUCAGCCCCUAUGAUCAGCAAGUGAAGAUGGUGGUGUUGAAAAGGAGUGGCUGAUUUGUUCUCAAACAAGGUUUUGCUCACACUGUCGGAACAAUGUCCUGCUAACAAAAAAGGAGCAAGCCGAUGGAGAAGCAAUUAGCACUUUGAGGGAUUUCUGUGGGUUUGGUUACAGAGGUCCUUUAGCCCCAUGUCGGGGCUUUGCAGAUCAAAAUUACCUUCUCAGACAACUGGGUCAACAUCUCAAGCUUUUUUUUUUAUAUCACGGCUUGCCUUGAAGAGAAAAGCUUUUUAUUUCCUAAAAUCCAAUUGCAUCUUUUCACAAGAAAACAGAGAUUAGCAUCCAGUAAAUGAGGAUCCAACACAAGGACAGUAACCCCAACAGACUGGUUUCUGGGGUUUUGCCCAAAGAUGAAAUGUGUGUGUGUGUCUGUUUGUCAAUCUUUACAUGUGUGUGUUUGUACGUGAGCAUGUGAUAGAUGUUGAGGUGGGAGGGGGGUUCGAAUGACGACUUUUAUGGCAAUAGAAACCAUAUUCAGAGACUGCUAAAAAAAAAAAAAAGACAGGGUGUAAGAUUUACUCUACACGCACAUAUUUACACUCACACACAUUGUGUGUUUGCAUAUGUAUGUACAUAAAUGCAGUUAUAUUGUAAUGAUAUUAUACAAGCCACUUAUCUAACUAUGUUAAAACAAACCACUAACCACACAAAUGUUAUGUUGUUUGUGUGUUCUCGCUCGUUCUUCUUCUUGAUUCAUGUUGACAAGGCCCUUUGGAAAGCAGCACACUUUGUCCUUCGCUGUGGAUAAUUUAUAGAUCCUUUUGGACUACUUCUUCACAGGAGAAAAAAUAAUUUUUGUCGUAAUAUAAUAUGAAGAUGUCAGUAAAUGCAUUAACAGAAAAUAACUAAACUAGUCAGUUUAGGCUAUUCUCGGCCUUGAGCGAACCAAUGUUCAGGGAAUAACUUAGACCACUAAAACUAUUGUGAUAAAAUAGGAAAGAAUUAUUCCAAAAACAUAUAAUUUCCAAGUUGGAGAUGACAGUGGCCUUAUUAUAUUAUUAUAGCCAAUGCAACAGGGGACCAGCAAACGGUCCGCGUGUGACUCACAUCAGAAAUUGUUGAGCUGUGCGGAGCUUAAAUCCAUUUGUUUUAUUUAACGUUUUAUUCUUUGAAGUUGUAAAGAAAACUGCGGAAAACUGGAGGAUUGUAGCCCCCUACCAUGUCACAACCUUCUGUCCUCUUGCCGUGAUUUGAUUGAGCCAUAUUCAACACGUAGAUCUGCAGCACGUCCAGUGGGAGCUGCAUCGGUCUAAACAAUGAGGGGCAACUGAGACAUAAAUCUAACUUGACGUCUCUGCAGGGUUGCUCAAGUGAAGAUAAAUAAGUCUCAUUGUUUAUAUAAAUAUAUUUUCUAUAUGACUUAUAUUUGUGUAAUGUUCAGCCAAUUAAUGCCUAAAUGCAAACAUUGGGGUUUUGCAAAUCAGCAAUCUUUUCUCUGAAGUGAGUAAAGUUCUUAAUAAAUACAACUUGAUAUGUUUUUUUAUAUUGUUGCUUGGCACAAAGUGACACGGUUGACACAAUGCAGCAUACUGAACCCUGCCAUGCAACUACAGUGACAAUUUAGGUCAAUAGUUUGACAAUUGGGAAAUACUCCUAUUUACUUUCUUGCUGAGAGUUAGUGAUUGAUACUGGUCUCAUGCUUAAGGACACAGCUAGCUGGUUAGCUUAAUUCAGCAUUACAUCUGGAAGCACAAUACAUAACAUUGUAAUCAGUGAACUUUAGAAAUGCUGUUUGGUAGAUUUUGUUACCUGCACACAGAGCCAGGCUAGCUUUUUCUCCCUGUUGUCAGUCUUUAAGCUAAAAUUAGCUAACUGGCUGCUGGUGGUAGUUUCAUAUUGGCUUGACAUAUGUGACAGUAGUAUUGAUCUUCUCAUCUAACUCUCAGCUAAAAUGCAGAAUAGCUUAUUUUCCAAAAUGUCAAAACUAUUGCUUUACCAUACUAUCAAAGGUUUAAUUACAUGAGAAAUGUUUCUGAACACACAAACAAUGCAGACAAUAACAUUUCAUUGUAUUCUCAGCACUUCUGAGAACAUUACGUUAUAUACUAUAAGAUAUGCCUUGGUGUGAAUUAACUACUGAGUGAGGGACCCAGCUUUGUAUUAUAGCGCCAUUUACGCACUGAAGCCCCAAAGCCCUUUAAAGUAUUUUAAGAUCUGUAUUUAUGGAUACAGCGCAGUGCAGAUUUUUUUCUCUUUUCUUUAAAUUGUAAAUAGUAACGGUUUCUUCUCCUGUGGUAUAAUGACAAAAGUGAGGCACAUGUUCAACUCUCACAAGCAACUGAAACUGAAAUUGGUAGCAUUAAGAAACGUUAGGGUGAGACUUUUGUGGAAAAACACACAGCUGCUCUAACAAGACGAUUACAGAUUGUAAUCAACGAUGCAGCACCACGACAAACACUUACAAGUAGCUUUUACCUUUAAGAGAUGGUUAAGUCUUUAAAAAUGAUUACCAGAAUUUUUAAGAAAUUAAAGCACAGUCCUUGACAUGCUUUAUGAAGAAAGCCUUGCAUGGAAUAUUUGUUCGGAGGAGAUGAAUUCCAAGCAUUUUGAUAUGAGGAGGCAUGCCAAAUAAAGACUGGUCAAAACAUAUACAUAGAACUUUGCACGCUACAUGGAAACCAUAAUAGCUAUGCUGAGACCUGAAGCACAAAUGCCUGCUUCCCACAGCAUUCGGUGUGUGCGUUGUCCACACUCCUUCGCCUAAACACACUGAGGUUCUCCACUAUCGAGCGGAUUCAAAACAGGCAUGACAGGAAUACCAAAUGCACACUGAGUGCAUUUUUGUUUGUUUAUAGAUUGUACAUAGGCCCAAAACAUUUCGCCCAAAAAAAAGGAGCAUGAUGCAGCAGCCAGUUGGGCAGUCAUCCAUAUUCUCAAAUCCAAAACUCUGCACUGUUGAGUCGUCAAUGGAUCAUGUACAAAAUUCUGUUUUGUAGAAAAAAAAAAAAAGAUAAAUUAUUUUUAAAUAUAUUAUGAGCAUGUGUUUAGUGUAAAUAACGUCAAAGUCUAAAUUGAUUUUAUAUCUUGUAUUUUUUACUCUGUUUUUCCUUUGGGUGUUUGUUCCUAAUUUUGGGGUUGAGGCUUUGAGAAGCAGUGUAUACUUUGAACAUAUUGCAUUUCAUAUCUCAUCAUUCGCUGUUAUCUAAGCACUAACAAAUCCUAACAAACUUAGAAAUAAACUCACUUUAGCCGUCUUUUAUUCAUGUGCACGAUCAUGACACAGUUUUGAGAGUAUUCAAACACAAUCACAGUCAUCAACAAUAUCUUUUUUAUAGGAUUAAAUCUGUUUGUAUAAUCAACUAUUUUUGUGAAAGUACUUUGUAAUGUCGGCCAUCACCAUACAAUGCAUUAUAAACUCAUGAUUGUAUCGUCGUGGACUAGUUCCUACAACCUUUGGAUCACUUUGCAUCUACACGUACUCUUUGUUAGGAUUUGUACUGUGCUUGUAAAACACAUCAACCAUGUAUUGCUCUUUGUGAUGAUACUACACCAGCAAAGCUUCAUCCAUGUUCACUUAUUCAUGUCUUAUGGGAACCCUAAAUUAUUUUUCCUCUACCUCAUGUGUAUAGCUUGUAGGUAUAAACAGAUCACAAAUGACUGGUAAGAAUGUAUUUAAGUUAUUUAACAUCUUUGUAUAACAAAGGCGAAAAAAAUCUGAAAUAAUAAAUGAAUUUUUAAAUUA